UGUCAGCGCUAGUAAGGCGCUGGAAAAGCACAGGCAGGCGAUGAGAGUGGGGGAGACAGCAAAAUGGCGUAUCAGACUUUCCGACAGGAGUAUAUGCAGAUACCGCCUGUGACUAGAGCUUACACCACGGCAUGUGUGCUCACCACUGCGGUAGUUCAAUUAGAGCUUAUAACACCUUUUCAGCUGUACUUCAACCCAGAUUUGAUAUUUAGACAUUAUCAGGUAUGGCGAUUAAUAACAAACUUCUUGUUUUUUGGAUCAAUCGGAUUCAAUUUUUUAUUUAAUAUGAUUUUUUUAUAUAGAUACUGCAGAAUGCUUGAAGAAGGAUCAUUCCGUGGUCGGACUGCAGAUUUUGUAUUUAUGUUCCUGUUUGGUGGUCUUCUAAUGGCUACAUUUGGAUUGUUUGUCAAUCUAGUUUUCUUAGGCCAAGCAUUCACAAUAAUGCUUGUUUACGUGUGGAGCAGAAGGAAUCCCUAUGUCCGCAUGAACUUCUUUGGUCUACUCAACUUUCAAGCACCAUUCCUGCCCUGGGUCCUCAUGGGUUUUUCAUUGUUACUGGGGAAUUCCAUUAUUGUGGAUCUUCUAGGUAUUGCAGUUGGGCACAUAUAUUUCUUUCUAGAAGAUGUGUUCCCCAACCAGCCUGGAGGAGGAAGGAUUCUUAAAACCCCAUACAUUUUAAAAGCAAUAUUUGAUACUCAAGAAGAAGAUCCAAAUUACAAUCCACUUCCAGAAGACAGACCUGGAGGAUUUGCCUGGGGUGGGGGGCAAUGAUAAGAACAUCAGCAAGAGUGGUGCCAACAAUAAAAUGCAGCCAUGAAACAAACUCAUUUUAAAACAUUGUGGAAUCUACAUUCUCCCUGUUAUAAGAGGAACUUGUACAGUUCUCCAGAACAGGAAGCACUUUAUAAUUCACGUAAUGACCCAUGGAGACCUUUUCAACUUCCCAUCAGUGCCUCUCAGUUGAGGUUUUGCUUGCAUUGGUACUUGAGCCUUUUGGAGCCAAGAAACUGGAAGAAAAUGCUAGUCAACGAGACCAUGCAUACUUGUUUAAUGGUUUUUAAAGGUUUUGUGUGUAUUUUUCUUAAGUUCUUUGAUACAGAAGAUUAUGUAUGACAGUCUUUAAAAGACAUCAAAAACCUCC